UAGCUGUUAGCUUCUGCCCGCCAUUAGUUUCUAUUGGCUGUUAGCUUCUAUUAGCUAACUAGCUUCUGUUAGCCGUUAGCUUACAUCAGCUGUUAGCUUCUGAUAGCCGUUAGCAUUCUGGUCAGCGUUCGCUCGUGUUAGCCGUUAGCUGUGGUUGUACAACUCAAGGGCAGAGGAGCGUUGGCGACGUGUUCAACGUUCCUCGUCACAUUUCACCUCUUCUGCUUCCUGCAGAUGUUUUUAAAAGGCGUCGAGUCGUCGAGUCAACCCAGAAACCGAAGAUGCCUCAUCACAAGCCUGUGCCUAGUCAGGGCGUGAGGGCCGGGAGGGCCGUGAGGGCCAUGAGGGCCGUGCUGGCUCUGGAGGUGCUGGGCGUCGCCGGGGUGUUGGGCCUCUACAACUGGAUGGACAGCAGUCAAGACUUCAGACACACCAUGAACACAAGGUUUCCGUCGGUUCUAGAAGUUUACUACAAGGCCAACGAGUGGGACGGGAAUUACGGCAUCCGCGAGAAAGACCGCGAGGUCUGGGCGGUCAAAAGCAAGUGAAGGCGUCCAUCACAAGUCCACGACCACACUUCUACUUCCUCUUCUUGUUUUUGUUCCCCGUCGUCCUGUUUCGACCGAACGUCGCCGUGG